GAGUGUUAGGAACCGAACUGGGAGGGGACGUUUGACUGACCAGUAAAGAAGUGCGUGGUGUUGUGUACAUUUUUAUCGUUUCUAAGCUAGUUAACACAUGAACGGCAAUUUACACCGUGAACUGGUAGUAGUGGCGGGAACAAAAUAGGACAGUUUGCAUCUGAAUGCAAGCGGGGGCUGCGAGUGACUGAAUAGCGGCAGGUAGGGAGAGCUGUAUCGGUCAGCCAUGGGUUUCCGAAAGAAGAACAAGAGCCCGCCGGUGCUGAGCCACGAGUUCGUGAUCCAGAAUCACGCGGAUAUGGUUUCAUGUGUGGCUAUGAUAAUUCUCCUCGGCCUGAUGUUCGAGGUCACAGCAAAGUUUGCCAUAAUGUUCAUCACCAUUCAAUACAAUGUGACUCAAAGUCUUGAUGAGAGGGCUGAGCAAGUGAACCUGUACCAGUACGGUCCUAAAGACAUAGCCACUGUGUUCUUCUACCUGCUCAUUGCUGUCAUACUCCACGCCUUAAUACAGGAAUACAUUCUCGAUAAAAUGAAUAGGCGGUUGCACCUGUCGAAAACCAAACAUAGCAAGUUCAAUGAAUCGGGACAGCUUGCUGCCUUCUACUUAUUGUCCUUCAUCUGGGGCUGCAGCAUCUUAACGGCGGAGGAAUUUGCGACAAAUCCUACUUUCUUAUGGGAGGGCUACCCACACACCCACAUGGUACCGGAUCUCUGCCUGCCUGUAACCUGCCCUCUCUGCAGCUUUCAGGUGAAGUUCUUUUACAUUUGCCAAAUCGCAUACUGGCUCCAUGCCCUUCCUGAGCUGUACUUCCAGAAAGUGAGAAAGGAGGAUAUUCCCCGCCAGCUCUAUUACAUUUGUCUUUACGUCUUCCACAUCACCGGUGCCUACAUCUUAAACCUCCACCGGCUGGGCCUGGUGCUGCUGGUACCUCACUACCUGGUGGAGCUCCUGUUCCACGCCUCACGCCUCUUCUACUUCAGUGACGAGAACAAGCAGAAGGGUUUCACUCUGUGGGCGCUACUUUUCAUCAUCGCUCGCCUCCUUACCCUCACCCUCUCCGUACUGACUUUUGGCUUCGGACUGCCCCGCGCAGAGAACCAGGGUUUCUCACUGGCAAAAGGCAACUUCAAUGUGCUUACCAUUAGGAUGACGUGCCUGGCUGCCAUUUGCCUGACCCAGGCCUGGAUGAUGUGGAAGUUCAUCAACUUCCAGUUGAAGAAGUGGAGGGAGCACAGCCAGAGCCAGGCCUCCAAGAAGAAGGCUUUCAGCCCAAAGAGCAAGCCCCACAAGAAGGACCUGGCCCGGGUAGGUUCUGCCAACGGUGUGGUGAAGUCCGAUGACAAGGCCUCACCCCGUGCGAGAAAAGCCAAAGCCUCAUAGAGUUGGAGGGAGAGAAUGGAGGGAUGGAGCUAAGGAGAAGUGAGGGGGCUAUUCUCAAUGUGACAUUUUGUCUUUUCAUCACUUACUUUUUUUUAAUCUAUUCCCAAAAAGAACCUUAACUGUCUCUUUUAUGUUAGAACCUAUGUUUUAAUAGUCAUGUUUUUGUUUGUUUUGAUGACCUCAUGUUUGUGUUCAGUUGUUAUUUCUGUGGAUGGGGAUGUAAGCAGGGCAGGGUCAACUGGUUAAAUGUUUUGAAGUAUGAAUCUGCUACCUGUGUGUGCCCCACCAGCUGCCCCACUGCUGAACGAAAACAUGGGGUUUGGCCCUAAGCCACUCUGGGCUGGCCUUUUAGGCAAGGUGUGUCUGCUAAAUCUCUCCUACUCAAAUGAUGUUGCUUGAGAGAGAGGAAGUGGGAAGUAACUGGAUAGAUAAUUGGUCAAAAAGUCAUUUUUGGAGAGGAAUUAUCUGUUGGGCUUGCAUCCAGCUUCAGGGCCCUAGUCAAUCAAACUUUCCAACUGGAUUUCUGAGGAAGUCAAACAUGCACUGUUCAAUUUUUACAGCAAGAGUGCAUGUCACGAUUCAUGUUCUCAACAUAACAUGUAAAUCAAGAAGUGUGUGAAACGUUGGACCUAACGGUGUCCAUUUGAUGCCUAUAUUGUUACUUGCUUUUGCCGUAUGAAAUCUGUGCUAUUAUGGAAUUGAGGCACUGUUAGUAGUUAGUCAUUGAGUAGCCCCAUCUCACAGAUUGACCAACUCUCUAUCAGCCAUAUUCUGACUCAACUGGCCUUUAUCCAAAACUCCAUUACUGGAGAUACUUUCUUUAUCCAUGCAGACAGAACUAGAUCUCUUGAGAAAAUGAUGCGUUGAUGUACAGUCCCAGUCAAAAGUUUGGAUACACCUACUCAUUUCAUGGUUUUCUUUAUUUUUACUAUUUUCUGCAUUGUAGAAUAAUAGUGAAGACAUCAAAACCAUGAAAUAACACACAUGGAAUCAUGUAGUAACCAAAAAAGUGUUGAAACCAAUCAAAAUAUAUUUUAGAUUCUUCAAAGUAGCCACCCUUUGCCUUGAUGAUAGUUUUGCUCACUCUUGGCAUUCUCUCAACCAGCUUCAAGAGGUAGUCACCUGGAAUGCAUUUCAAUUAACAGAUGUGCCUUGUUAAUUUGUGGAAUUUAUUUCCUUAAUACGUUUGAGCCAGUCAGUUGUGUUUUGACAUGGUAGUGGUGGUAUACAGAAGAUAGCCCUAUUUGUUAAAAGACGAAGUCCAUAUAAUGGCAAGAACAGCUCAAAUAAGUAAAGAGAAACGAAAGUCCGUCAUUACUUUAAGAUGUGAAGGUCAAUCAAUCUGGAAAAUGUCAAGAACUUUUAAAGUUUAUUCAAGUGCAGUUGCAGAAACCAUUAAGCACUAUGAUAAAACUGUCUCUCUUGAGGACCACCACAGGAAUGGAAGACCCAGAGUUACCUCUGCUGCAGAGGAUGUUCAUUAGAGUUACCAGCUUCAGAAAUUGCAGACCAAAUAAAUGCUUCACAGAGUUCAAGUAACAGACACAUCUCAACACCAACUGUUCAGAGGAGACUGUGUGAAUCAGGCCUUCAUGGUUUUAUUGCUGCAAAGAAACCACUACUCAAGGAAGGCAAUAAGAAGAAGAGACUUGCUUGGGCCAAGAAACACGAGCAAUGGACAUUUGACCGGUGAAAAUCUGUUCUUUGGUCUGAUGAGUCUAAAUUUGAGAUUUUUGGUUCCAACCGCUGUGUCUUUGUGAGAUGCAGAGUAGGUGUGUGAAGCAUGGAGGAGGAGGUGUGAUCAUGUGGGAGUGCUUUGCUGGUCACACUGUCUUUGAUUUAUUUAGAAUUCAAGUCACACUUAACCAGCAUGGCUACCACAGCAUUGUGCAGCGAGACGCCAUCCCAUUUAGUUUGCGCUUAGUGGGACUAUCAUUUGUUUUUCAACAGGACAAUGACCCAACACACCUCCAGGCUGCGUAAGGGCUAUUUGACCAAGAAGGAGAGUGAUGGAGUGCUGCAUCAGAUGAACUGGCCUCCACAAUCAUCUGACCUCAACCCAAAUGAGAUGGUUUGGGAUGAGUUGGACCGCGGAGUGAAGGAGAAGCAGCCAAUGAGUAUGUGGUAACUCCUUCAAGACAUGGAAAAGCAUUCCAGGUGAAGGUGGUUGAGAGAAUGCCAAGAGUGUGCAAACCUGCCAAGGCAAAGGGUGGCCACUUUGAAGAAUCUCAAAUAUAAAAUAUAUUUAUAUAUUUCUUUGGUUAUUACAUGAUUCCAUUUAUGUUAUUUCAUAGUUUUGAGGUCUUCACUAUUAUUGUACAAUGUAGAAAAUAGUACAAAUAAAGAAAAACCCUUGAAUGAGUAGGUGUCCAACUUUUUUGACUGAUACUAUAUGUGGAGGAUUUGUGCAGGAGUUCAGGUGAGGUUUUUUGUGUUUCGGUUCAGGAUUUCAAUCUCCGUUAAGAUUAUAUUCAUUACUGAACAAUGCCAAUAAUUAAUGCCUCAAGUUAUAGAGUUAAGCCUAAAGGGUCAUGGUUAGGUUUUGACGAGCCGUUGAGUUUGCAUCUCAGAAGCAUUCAGUGGCCUUUUUUUCACAUCCACUGGAAGUGUUGAGUUAUUUAUUUCAGUCGUAUCUUUUUUAAAAUUUUUAUCAUGCUUUGGCAACUCUAUAACCAACAUAGACGAGGUACAAAGCGAAACGCUUUCAGUCUCAACCCAAACGAUACAAUCCUCCUUUUAAGUGUCCUUAAAAUGUCAGUGGCGUGAGCCAUGGAGUUCUCCUCGGGUUUUCUUUUUUUGCCUUUUUUAUAUCUGGGUGUAUGGCACAGGAGGCUGAGGGGAGGAUGGCUCAUAAUAAUGGCUAGAAUGGAAUGGUAUCAAACACAUGGAAAAUAUGUAUUUGGUGUGUUCAAUACCAUUCCAUUAAUCCAUUCCAUCAAUCCGUUCCAGCCAUUACUAUGAGCCCGUCCUCCCCAAUUAAGGUGUCACCGGCUGCCUGUGGUGUAUGUUGGCAGGCAGCUGCCUCCAUAGUCACCCACUUAUUAUACUGUACAUCCCAUUCUCAGAUAGAUAGUCUCUUGCCAGACGGCUUACUUCCGCAAUCUUUGAAUGUGCCGUUGCCCAAGUUCUGGCUAUAAGAGACUAAUUCUCAGAUGGGACGUGUGUGUGUGUGUGUGUGCGUGCAUGCCCGUGUCUAGUUCUACCUGUGGUUAUGUCUACUGUGUGUGCCCGUGAGGAAGUGAAGGCUCUGCAUGAUUCAUGCUUUUAGUGUCUUUGCAUUUUCACUUUAAAAAAAAGUUGUUGCCCUUGUGGCUUCAUGGAGUUUGACAGACAGUUUAACUCCCCUUGUUUCCUUUUAAAUCCUUUACCUUGUUUUCAUUUCACCUUUUUGUUCAUUUACAAAAAAAGGCUUUUGUAAUGAAGACCGUGAGUGGUAACUGAGUUAUAUUUUAUAUAAAGUCUUAUUGGAUGUUUGCUUACAACCCCUGACCCUUCCUUAACCCCUGUCCUGUGUGAAAUAGAUUCUGUGACUUCUGUUUGCCACAUUUGGGCUGAAGGGGCCUUCUUGCUCUACCAGUCCAGUGAUUUGGACAUUGCAAUUGGACACUUAUGUUAUGUCCUGUAGAGACCAAAUGCUGUUGUCACAAAUGGGACGAGUUACCAUUCCUAGCCUGAGCUCAGAUCUGUUUGUGAUUUGCCAACUUCUCUGACUAGCAUUAUAUUUGGCUGAAGCAUAUACUGAUCUGGGACCAGGCUGCUUGUUUGGUAGGUUGAGUAGUAGUAUUGCUUCGGCAGGAAAUGGAUGACUUGAGUUUAGUUCUCAUGCUGCUCUAUCUAAAGCGGAAGUUGAAAGUGUGGAGGACUGGUGUUCUGUUUUGAGUCUGUUACAUGGCAAUGUCUUAGGAGGAAAGGAGGAGCAGAUUACUUUUAUACCAGCCUUUUACUUUAAUGUAUCUGAUAUUUAAAAUAAAAUAAUCUAUAUGAAUUUAACGCUACUCUGUACUAAAUAACUGUCAGAUUUUUUUAGCUAUUUUUAUAGUUGAAAAAAACUGUUAAAGUUCACUAAUAUUCACCACACACACAGAAAUAUAUAUGAAUAGUAUUUUGCAUCCUUAUUGGUAUGAGUUGUUUUUAUACAUCAAAAGACCAAGCUUGCUCCCCUUUAAGUCAGGGUGCACAUUUCAGUGUGAGAGAACUAGUCCUAUUUCAUAGUUUCACCAUCUUAUACUCUAUUUCAUAGAUUUGGCCCUGUAUUGAAUUAGAGUAAAUAAGAACCACUCUGCCAUAGGACAAUGCUCUGAAAGCACUAUACUGAAAUUGUGUCUUCUGCAGUAAUUACAGUAGAAUACUAUAAAAUGAUCUGCUAUCCAUGUAAUUAGAUAGCCAUGUUUGAUCAGCAAGGAUCCUGUUAUGUUUCUUUGUGUUUUAUUGUUCUAAGGUGUGUCCUGCAGGGGUAUUUAAUUGGGCCGGAAUGAUACCAGUAUCUCAAUGUUUUUUUUUUCCAUGGCAAUAAUGAAAACACGAAGCUGAUCAAGUCUUUGGUCUUUUAAAAACCUGCUGUAUGACACAUUGUGUGCUAUAGCUUGGAAAAUAAAUGUGACAACAUAAUGAGGUUUGUUUCUAACAUUAGGGCUGUUUUCUUAAAGAAGUUAAACCUGCUUUGUUUCCUUGCCACGAUACUAACGAGUAUUGCGGUAUUAGUAUCGUCCCGGUCCUAGUAUUUAACUUGAGCAUUUGCCCUUCAUCCAUUCCUUUACUGAUUGAUUUGAUAUCAUAGUUCGUCAUGAUGCAAGAGCUGAGUAACAUGAGCGUCCUUCAUCCAGGUUAGGAGACAUGAUAUUCCCCUCUGAGUUGUCUUCUCACUCGUACCACCACGCACACUAUUGAAAUAUUCAGCAUAGUGAAGCAUGACACCAAUGGAUGCCACGGUCUAUACUGUCAGCAUUUUGGGUUGUAGCACUGAUGUGUCUAACCUAGCUCUUGACUGCAAUGACCAUUUGAUCUCUGGUAAGGUGGCAAUUUAUCCACACAAUGCAAAGACCCAUGCUAAUAGUUUUAGUUUCAUAUUAACCUUUUGAGUGGCAACUACCAUUAAUGCAUUUGAGAUGAUGAGAUGCAUACAUGCUUCAUAACAGCCAGGAACAGAGAAAACACUACAUUAUUUCAGAUUGUUUUGUUGGGUUAUUUUGCUGCUUGCGUCUAAAUGUUGUAUAAUCCUUUUUUAAAUGUGUCGUCUCUGAUAUGCUCUGGACCGUAUGUAUUUAUCCGAAACCUUGUGAUUUUUUGUUUAUUUGGUAGUAUUUUUUUAUUUAAUGUUUGAAUAAAGCCUUUGUUGACUAUCCUGAGUGA